UUAUGGAUGAAUUGUUCUCGACUUAGUUUCACAUCUUCCCUAGAUGCCAAAUUCACCUACUUUUGAUCUUCAGCAUGUCAGAGGCAGAAAGUAUGAUUGAGCCUAAUGCCCUUGAUGAAUCUUUUAUUAUAUCAGGGCUCUCUAGCCUCAGCAUCGGAACAGCUGAGGGCCCACCAAAAUCAUCAUCGCAGACGCGGAAAGCAAGGCUGGUUCUGCUACAGCCUCUAGCCAAUGCUAAGAUGCUUCAAGCCUGCCGUAAUCCGCAAUCGCGCAGGAUUCUCAAAAAUGAUUGCCUUUUUACUUCCAGUAAUGAGCUCCUUGAUAUCCAACCAGUUAGUAGGGCGUGGAGACAGGCAAUAAUGAAUGCCCCGCCUUUUUCACACUUGAUAUUCGACCUCACUCUACCUAAGGAGACUGAAAAUUGCAAGGACACAUUCCAGAAAGUACACUGGGACACUUAUAUUCCGGAAGAGAAUAGUCUCGGUGUCCCUUUGAGGGAUGUUAUGACUUUGGUUAGGACUAUCGCCACCGAAAUGAAAAUGCGAGCAAAGGGUGAUGGUCUGUGGUUUGACGUUGUCUAUGAUGAGAUUGAAGGUUCAAAAGGAAUAGCGCCGAGGGCAAUGGCGAUUCUAAAAAAGCAGCUUAUUGCACUGAGUCAGCCGGCCCCAGAGGGGAAAGAUGGAGGAAAGGGCGAGUUAGCUGGAAUAGCGGGUGACGGUGACACAACCCAGGCACCUGAGCAGUUCAGUUCUUGUCACAAGAGCGUUCAGCCUAACAAAUUGGUAUUUUUUGGCAAAUCUGGCGAGCGUCAUGAGAUUUAUCUCCCCAAGGGUACUAUUCAAAAAGCUAUCGACCUUUUACAAGAGGAAAACUGGGAUGAGCUUCUCAAAUUCCCUCCUUAUACGGAUCAAGGAUAUAAGGACUGGGAUUGAUUGCGAGCACAAGUACCUGGAGACUCCUGGAUAAUCAUUCAACGGUUUUGAAUUUUCGGAUCAGGACAAUGAUCCAAAUUCAGCUUGAUGAAACGGUGCAUCACUGAUUUUUCCUCAUCCAUGUGUCUCCUUUCUCACGGCGGAAGAUUUUGCAUUAUUUUUGGUUUUACUGCAGUCAGAGGUUGAAUGAAAUUGGGAGCCCAAAACCUGGCUGACAGAUAAGGUAUCUACACAAUUGUCACAUCCUUGGCCGUCUGUGCUGUUCUACCCUAGUCAAUUCUUACCGCCCAAACCCGUUAGACGAUUUCUACCCUACUUCAACAAGGAUGCUUCGAAUCAGAAUGCUUUCAAUAUAAUUUCGAAUAAGCUGGGAGGACAAUGCUG